AUGACGGACCAAUUUGCAUUCUCAUACCCGUCUCCACUCGAGGGCUAUGAAAACUUCGAACCGCUGACAGAUGAAAAGACAGAGGAUGGAAAGUCCCUCAAGAAUCCCCAGCACGGAAUCUUAAGUAAAGCAUACGAGGAAUUCCCUGACCCUCUCGCUAAAGGUCGCCGUGGAGGUUUUGAUAUCCAUAUCUAUCAUUUUCAGUCCCUGAGCUUCGCAUUUACACCUUCUUCGACAGACCAGUAG